AUGGUCUCCCUCACGAACGCCUCGCGCGGCCCAGUGACGGGACCACACACGCCUUCGAAGAUGCUAGCAACAUCUUCACCAGUACCGAUACUGAAGACCUCUAAAACACCCAGCUCAACUGCCGGGAUAAAACACAGGAUGGAAGAAAUGGACCUUUCCCUGUCGCCCGCAUCCUCCAACGUCUCCGAUCCAGACACACUGCCCAGUCCUCGAAAAAAGACUCGGGUGCAGUUCGACGACGACGUGGAGAUGCGUGAGAUUCCAUACAGCGAUAAGCCGCAGAGUGGGAACAAUGGGACAACAGACAAGAGCGCAGCUGUGGUGCGGGAGGAAGUGCGACGGGCCAUCCAACGGCAUGUCUCCGGCGGCGAUAGCGAGGCCUAUGACCGCGUCAAGGAGAUAUUUGCCAUUGACCCUCGGCGCCAGGAUGCAAACGGCCGGGCCUCAUUAAAUGUACCUACACACAAUACACUGAAGCAUCAUCUUCUGGGUCUUCUUUCAAACGUGGCGGCGUUGGAUCGCAGCUGCAACGGGCUGGUUCAAGCAGUGCUGCGCAGCGAAUGGCUUGGGCGGGACGAGUCAUACGUCAAGCUUUAUAUCCGAUUUCUGGGCAACCUUGCUGCCGCUCAGGGCAGUUAUCUGGGAGCCGUGCUGACGAUGUUGACCAACUACAUGGGGGCGCUUCCGAAAGGCACAGGCAAGCUACCAGGGUAUCCGCAUGUUCAUCCCGCUUUGGCGUAUGGCCGCGUCCACAUGGCCCUGCGCCACGUCAUGCAGCUGAUUCCAUCCGGAAGCGGCUCUCUCUCGCCUAUUCUAUCUUCUCAGUUUCCGUUUGAUACCGAUUCGGCCAAGGCCAACAUUGCCUACACCAAGAACAUUAUCAGAGUCAUCAGCUAUGCACCGGAAUUGCAAGCCGACAUUCUUGCUCUUAUCACCGAGAAACUCGUCAAGAUCGACGUACAGAUCCAGGUGGAUAUGGAGGACCUCGAGGAUGAAGAGGGCGAAGACGUCCUGCACGAUAUCUCUCCAGAAUCAGUGAUGUUCGCCGAAGAAGGAGAUGAAGACGAAGACGAGGAUGAUGAUAACGCCUCUGUACUCAGCGAUGAGUCCAUCGAGCAGGACUCUGGAAGACUGAAGACUAUCAAAGAGAACAUCCUCAAAUUGGAUGGGAUGAUUGACACCCUCUUUGAGUACUACGCACCACCCUUUACAUCAGGCACCCUUGACGACAAGGAGAACGCUCUGGACCUCCUCCUCAGCCAUUUUCAAACCAUCAUCCUUCCAACCUACCGCUCCCGCCACUCUCAAUUCCUCCUCUUCCACUUCUCCCAAUCCUCCCCUCUCCUCGUGGAUCGCUUCGCCGCCACGUGCGUUCAAAUCAUCUUCAACAAAGCGCAUCCUGCCAUCAUGCGCCAAUCAGCCGCCGCCUACCUUGCUAGCUUCGUUGCCCGGGGCGCUCACAUCUCCGGCGAAGUCGUCCGUGAUGUCUUCGACCUCCUCGGCACACACCUUAAUAACCUCCGACUCGACUACGAACCCUCCUGCCGCGGCCCCGACCUCCGCCGCUUCGGCCCCUUCUACUCCACUGCGCAAGCCCUCCUUUACAUCUUCUGCUUCCGCUGGCGUGACCUCACAACAGCCGCAAUAGACGGCGACACCCACGACCAAAUAGACGACCUCGAGCCAGAAGACAUCACUUUCCCCCCAGCCGUCAAGGAUGUCCUGCACAAGGCCAUCCACUCCAAACUCAACCCGCUCAAAGUCUGCUCACCCGCCAUCGUCUCCCAAUUCGCCCGCAUGUCCCAACACCUCAACCUCAUUUACGUUUUCACCAUCCUCGAGACGAACAAGCGGCUCCGUAUGACGACAUACCGGAACCUGUCGGCCCUGGCAGAUCCGCGAUUUAGCCAGGUGGAGCGAGAGAUUCGGGCAGGAGAUGAUCUGGGAUAUCAGCUUGACGCUUAUUUCCCAUUUGAUCCGUACCAGCUGCCAAGGAGCCGACGGUGGCUCGAGGGCGACUAUGUGCAUUGGCGUGGGAUUCCGGGUCUUGAUGAUCCGGAAGAUGACGAUGAUAGUGAUGCUGAUGAGCCGUCUGACGACGACGCUGAUUUGAGUGAUGAGACGGAGACGGAUCAUGAAUGA